AUGUUAUGGUUCUCCGCCAGUAAAUGGGCGGAGCGCCUCAUCUCCGACUUCCAAUUCAUCGGCGACUCCGACCAUCACUACUCCUCCUCUGCCGCCGCAUCCGCUACUCUCAGCCCUCCACGCUACGAUUCUCCGCCUGAGCAGCGGUUCCUCUCGAUUCCUCUCGACUUCUACAGAAUCCUCGGCGCCGAAACACAUUUCCUUGGCGACGGUAUUCGACGCGCGUACGAGGCGCGUUUCUCGAAGCCACCGCAGUAUGCGUUCAGCAACGAAGCGUUAAUCAGCCGCCGCCAGAUUCUCCAAGCUGCUUGUGAAACCCUAGCUGACCCUGCUUCCCGCAGAGAGUACAACCAGGGACUCGUUGAAGAUGAAGACGCCACCGUUUUCACUCAAGUCCCUUUCGAUAAGGUUCCUGGAGCUCUCUGCGUGCUGCAGGAAGCUGGGGAGACCGAGUUGGUGCUUCAGAUUGGGCAGGGCUUACUGAGAGAGAGAUUGCCCAAGUCGUUCAAGCAAGAUGUCGUGUUGGCCAUGUCGCUCGCUUAUGUUGACAUCUCGAGGGAUGCUAUGGCCUUUACUACUCCCGAUUUCAUUACUGCAUGUGAGAUGCUUGAGAGGGCAUUGAAACUUUUGCAGGAAGAAGGAGCAAGCAGCCUAGCACCAGAUUUACAAGCACAAAUCGACGAGACACUGGAGGAGAUAACCCCACGCUGUGUUUUGGAACUUCUAUCCUUGCCCCUUGAUGAAGAACAUCGAGCACGAAGGGAUGAAGGUCUGCAGGGUGUCCGCAAUAUUUUGUGGGCUGUUGGAGGAGGUGGUGCGGCAGUAAUUGCUGGGGGUUUCACACGUGAGGACUUCAUGAAUGAGGCUUUUUUACAUAUGACAGCAGUUGAACAGGUUGAUCUUUUUGUGGCCACACCAAGUAAUAUACCAGCUGAAAGUUUUGAAGCAUAUGGGGUGGCACUUGCGCUCGUUGCGCAAGCCUUUGUAGGUAAAAAGCCACAUCUUAUCCAAGAUGCGGAUAACUUAUUCCAACAACUUCAACAAACAAAGGUAACAACUAUGAGACAUGCUGCCUCUAUUAAUGCUCCAAAGAGAGAGGUUGAUUUUGCUUUAGAAAGGGGCCUCUGUGCCUUGCUUGUUGGGGAGCUAGAUCAGUGUCGAUCAUGGUUGGGACUAGACAGUGAGAGCUCUCCAUAUAGAAAUUCAUCCAUUGUAGAAUUUGUAAUGGAAAAUGCCAAGGGUGAUGAAGACAGUGAUCUUCCUGGACUCUGCAGAUUGUUAGAGGCAUGGUUGAUGGAAGUAGUUUUUCCGAGAUUUAGAGAUACUAAAGAGAUAACAUUCAAGCUUGGAGAUUACUAUGAUGACCCUACAGUGCUCAGGUAUCUAGAGAGGCUGGAGAGUGUUGGGCAUUCACCCUUGGCUGCUGCAGCAGCCAUAGUGAAAAUCGGAGCUGAGGCUACGGCUGUUAUUGGUCAUGUCAAGGAUAGUGCAAUGAAUGCAUUGAAGAAGGUGUUUCCUGUUGGUUAUGAAGAUGAAAUUGUGAAAAUUCAAGAGAAUGACGGGAAGGAAUAUUUCAAUCUUUCUGAAAGUGAGAAUCUUUUAAUUUCACCAGAUCAAGAUACUUCGACUGGUAUUGAGGUUUCUGGAACAAGAAAACCUUCUGAGAUAAGUGGUGGUGAGAUAAUUACUGACAAAAUUAAAGAUGCAACUGUGAAGAUCAUGUGUGCUGGCGUUGUGAUUGGACUCGUGACUGUGGUUGGCUUGAAGUUUAUACCUGCUGCUAGGCAUGGCUCACCCACCAUACGCAAAACAACUGGUUCGACACUGGCAUCAGAUACUGUCAACAUAGGUUCCUCGGGAGGUGAAGAAUUAGAAGAGCAACUUCCGAAAAUGGAUGCAAGGGUUGCUGAAGCUGUGGUUCGCAAUUGGCAGAACAUUAAAUCCCAAGCUUUUGGACCCAAACAUUGCCUCGAAAAAUUGCCAGAGGUACUUGAUCACGAGAUGUUGAAGAUAUGGUCCGAUCGGGCAUCCGAGAUUGCAGAGCGUGAUUGGUCCUAUAACUACACGUUGGAGGACCUCAGCAUCGAUAGCGUGACUAUAUCCCAGAAUGGGCGGCGUGCGGUGGUCGAGACAACUCUCAAAGAGUCAACCCACCUCAAUGCUGUAGGUCAUCCGCAGCACAAUGCUUCAAGCAGCAAAACCUACACAACAAGAUAUGUGAUGUCUUAUUCAGAUUCAGGUUGGAAAAUCGUUGAAGGAGCUGUUCUUGAGUCAUAGUCAUGUUUUGUAAUAUUGUUUGCACUUUUCGAGCACUCUUAAUGUAGUUAACCUGUAAAUACUCCAUCUAUGUGCUAUCAGAUUCUUCAAUUAGCUGCAAAUGUUUGAAAAUUUCAUGCAGAAAUAAAUAAUUUUUUUAUCAUUUAGUAAACAUGUAAUUUGGACUU